AUGUCUGAGUUUAUCGUUGGUAUUGAGUAUUGUGGAUUGCCUCGGUGUUGUGGUACUUGUGGGAUUUUUGGGCAUGAUUACUCUUUGGCGCCUCCUGGGACUCCUAAUAAAAGAGUUUGGCGGCGCAAGCGAUCCAAGGUUCUUGUGUUGGGGCAGCCUGAGGUUGUGGGUACUAAUGAGAAGGAGGUUGUUCCUGUGUUGGGGCAACCUGAGGUUGAGGGUGCUACUGUGAAGGAGGUUAUUCAGGUUACUGAGGAGGAAGCUGUUGCUAUUAAAGGUAAGAAGGUCAUGGAGGAUACCACUCCUCCUGUUACCCCGAGUGCCUUACCUUCCCAGGAAGAGUUUAAUAAUGUGAUUAAUGGAGCAAAGCCAAAAUCUGCUUUGAAGGUACCUACUCCUAUUUUGAAUUCUAAUGCUUUUGAUCUGUUAUGUGGCCAACGGGACAUUAUCUUGCAGGCUCCUCCAAAGAAAGGGGGAAGAGAUGGGCUUAGAAGUAAAGUGGGAACCACUAAGGUGGUUCUUUCCCGCAAAUGA